AUGUUUAAGUGGUUGGUUCUGUUGACCAUCCUGGCCUUGGUCAGUGCUGAAAUCCAGCGGAUCAAGAUCCACAAGAAUCAGGAUCACAAGAACACCCGUCAGAGUCGCAAGCAGGCCAUUCGGGCCCUGAAGCACAAGUACCAUCAGACGGACGAUAUCAUCAUCUACGAGGAUGGAGUUCCGGUUUAUGUGCAGCCCGACUACGGAUAUGACUAUCCCAGUGAGAACACCGAUGACUAUACAAACGAGGAGCUCGGAAACUCGAUGAACAUGUAUUACUAUGGUGAAAUCAGCAUUGGUACUCCACCGCAGUACUUCAAUGUGGUCUUCGAUACGGGUUCCGCCAAUCUGUGGAUCCCAUCGGCCCAAUGCCUGGCCACCGAUGUCGCCUGCCAGCAGCACAAUCAGUACAAUGCCAGUUCCUCCUCCACUUUUGUGUCCAGUGGCCAGAACUUCUCGAUCCAAUAUGGAACUGGUAGUGUUACGGGCUAUCUGGCCAUAGAUACGGUGACCAUCAAUGGUCUGGCCAUAGCGAAUCAGACCUUUGGAGAGGCAGUCUCACAGCCGGGAGACAGCUUCACCGAUGUGGUCUUCGAUGGCAUUCUGGGCAUGGGUUAUCAGCAAAUCGCCGAGGACAAUGUGGUUCCCCCAUUCUACAGUCUCUACGAACAGGGUCUCAUUGAUGAGCCAGUCUUUGGUUUCUAUCUGGCCAGAAAUGGUACCGCCGAGGAGGGUGGCCAGCUGGCCCUGGGUGGAACCGACCAGAGUCUCAUCGACGGAGAGAUGACCUACACACCUGUUACCCAGGAGGGCUACUGGCAAUUCAGCGUGAACAACAUCACUUGGAACGGAACCGUGGUUUCCGAUGGCUGCCAGGCAAUUGCCGAUACUGGUACCUCACUGAUUGCCAGUCCCCCGGCUGCCUAUACUCAGAUGAACACCCUGAUCGGCGCCGUUCUCAUCCAGGGAGACUACUAUGUGCCCUGCUCCACUGUGGACUCCUUGCCUGUGCUGACCUUUAAUAUUGGAGGCACCAACUUCGAUCUGCCCCCCUCGGUUUAUAUCCAAACCUACACGGAGGGCAACUACACCACCUGCAUGUCCACAUUCACCUAUAUCGGAACUGAUUUCUGGAUCCUGGGCGACGUAUUCCUGGGUCAGUACUACUCCGAGUUCGAUUUCGGACAGAACCGCGUGGGUUUCGCCAACCUGGCUUAA